AUGUCCAGUACCAGCAGUGAAAGUCGCAGUGCGGCAACCGAUUCCUGCGGGUCAUAUGAGGAAUUUGAACUUCAAUGCUUAGGGGUGAUACCGAGCCUACCAGCCGAGCUCCAAGAUCGGAUUGUUAAGACCUGUGACACAAGCUCUUUGGUGAUUUUGGUUCAACUAAACAAGAGCUGGAAUCAUAGAGUUACACCACUUCUCUGGGAAAAUCUAGAUUUUGUUAAUGGGUGGGAUCAGCCUGAUGACGAACCUCCAGAGCGGGUCCACCGCUUCUUCGUGACUUGUUAUGACUUAAAAGAAGAUCAGCCUGAGCGAUGGGCGACUCUGGCACCGUUGGUGCGAACACUGGAUCUAGGAAGACUUCAUGGCAUCAAUCUCGUUCGUGACAUAGACCCGGAAGAUUAUACGUGAGAGUAUCGUUUCUUUGAGGUCGGACAUGAAGGACACGUAUUCCAGAUUAUUGCGGAAUUUGUGAAUUUGGAAAGUCUCUCGGUAUAUGUCAAAAGUUGGUGGGGCGGAAGAGUCGAAGGCGCUGCAACACUGGCAAGAGGACUGACCAGAUUGAGGUCGCUCAAGGUAGGAGGGCAGUUUCCGGAUAAUCUGCUUCAAGGACUAUUCGUUCACGCCGAGAGUAUCGAACAUCUUUCGAUCUUGAAUCUCCAUACAACUCCUGGUCAAGACAAUGGGCCGGACGGGUUUGCCCUCAAUUCAGAAAUCUAUGCUCGACUUACUCGUUUAAAGAGUUUACAUCUGUGUAAACUCGCAGAUUUGGAUGGAUCGAUGCCGCAACGAGAGAGAUACACAUAUCUGCAGCAGGAUGACGGAGAUGAAGAAGUCAUUGAAUACGAAUUUGCAUCUGGCAUGCCGUGGGAAUUUCCUCGCAACUCUGAGGUAGCCGUUCUUAACGCUUGGGCUAAAAUGCUCCAGCGGUGCUCUGAGACACUCGAAGAAGUAACUCUGGAGAAUCGUUACCUUUGCUGUAACGAUCUCAACCCUUCAGCCAGGAUCCAGCCAGGCGGAAUAGACCCCUUGGAAUAUGGAGCGUACUCGAUCCAACAGAGCCAGGAGAUUCUGUUCCCCGUAUUCUCAUCACAAGACUGGCCAAAACUGAAACGGUUGACUUGGAUUGGGAUGGGUGAACAGGAAGAGGUUCGUAGAGCAACUUCUUAUCCGGACGAGAGGGUUGAGAUUGAGGUACAUUUGGCUGCCAUCCAGCAAAUGUACGGCGAUGUUACACCCAUACAGGUCUCCACCCCAAUGGAGUUUCACACCCCGGAGUCUUGGGUGGUUACAAGUACCUCGCAUAAUUAG